AUGUCUGAAGUGAACGUCUGCCCCCCUGUGAGUGGAAAUCCCCCUCCACCAGAGGUCAUAAAUUCCAAGAGGCCUGGACGUGUAACCAAUCAGCUACAAUAUCUGGAGAAGGUGGUGCUCCAAGCUUUAUGGAGGCAUCAAUACUCAUGGCCUUUUCAUCAGCCAGUGGAUGCAGUGGCACUGUGUCUCCCAGAUUAUUAUACAAUUAUUACAAAUCCUAUGGAUCUUGGCACCAUUAAGAAGCGGCUAAAGAAUAGUUACUACUGGCAAGCAGUUGACUGCAUAGAAGACUUCAAUACUAUGUUCACCAACUGCUAUGUGUACAACCAGCCUGAGGAUGAUAUUGUUUUUAUGGCAAAAACCCUCGAAAAGCUUUUUCUGCAGAAACUUUCUAAAAUGCCUCAGGAAGAGUUUGUGGUAGAAGUCACUACAAAGGACCUACAAAAAGGGAAAAACUCUAAUGCAGAUGCAUUAAAGCACCGAUCCAUCAUGUCAGAGGUUGUUCUUCAGCAGACUGUGACAGUCAUUCCUCCAGAUGUCCCUCAGUCGAGCCUACCCAUCCAGCUCUCUGCACAAACUGACUCAACACUAAGCACUGAAAUGAGCAAAAAAGGUCUCAAGCGGAAAGCAGACCCCACCACCACCUCAGUGAUCACCAGCAGUGAAGUCUCCCCUGCUGAACAUUCAGCACCUUGUAUGCUGAUCUCCCGCAGAGGCAGUGGAAGGCCCAUCAAGCGUCCUAAGAAAGACUUGCCUCUUUUUGAGGCCAAGAAGGUCAGACUGUCUGAGCAGCUCAGAUGCUGCAAUGAUAUCCUGAAGGAGCUGCUCUCAAAGAGGCACUCUGCAUAUGCAUGGCCCUUUUAUGUGCCAGUUGAUGCGGCUGCUUUGGGUUUACAUGACUACCAUGAUAUCAUCAAGCAUCCCAUGGACCUGAGUACUAUCAAGAAAAAGAUGGAUCGACGAGAGUAUGGAAAUGCAAAAGAAUUUGCUGCCGAUGUUCGCUUGAUGUUCUCCAACUGUUACAAAUACAAUCCACCUUCAAAUGAGGUGGUACACAUGGCAAGAAAACUUCAGGAAGUUUUUGAGGCCCGGUAUCUGAAGCUUCCCCAUGAAGCAGAGUCCUGUCAGUCAUCACAUCAGCAAGAAAGGGGAAAAGGAAACCGAAAUGGAAGUCUGUCAACUUCAGAAAGUUCUGACAGCAAAAGCUCAUCAUCUGAGGAAGAAUUUUCAUCAGAAGAGGUAGCCAUUCAGCUUGCCAAUCUGGAGGCUCAGUUGAAGGCUGUCAGUGAUCAGCUCAAGAAGUUUGUCCAGGAUCCCAUGAUGAAAUCAAGGAAGAGAGAAAAGCUGAAAAAGGAAAAAAGAUCAAGGGAAAAGGAUAUAGCUCGACUAAAGAACAAAUCCUUGAAAUACAAAUCUGUAGUUCAAAGAAUCGCAACCAGCAGGAGCUCUUCCUUGAAAGAAACCAGACCUCCUAAUCUCUGUGAAUCCAUGGAAGAUGAGGGUUCAGCCCCAUUGGCACCAAUUACUUACCAGGAGAAGAAACAGUUAAAACUGGACAUCAACAAGCUGCCUGGUGACAAACUGGGCAAGUUGGUGAAAAUCAUCCACACCAGGGAGUCUUGUCUGCGAGAUUCUACUCUGGAGGAGAUUGAAGUUGACUUUGAAAUGCUCAAGCCUUCCACACUGCGAGCUAUGCAGAGGUUUGUCGCAGAGUGUCUGACUAAAUCCAUCAAGAAUGUAACCAAAAAAAGACCAAAGCCCACAGGAUCAAUGCAGACUGCAAAACUAAAGGAUGGCGGAACGUCUCAGACUGUCAGCAAAGACCAGCACUUAACUGGUAAAAAGAGGUCAUCAGCUCAAGUCGUGGCCUCUCCUGAUCUCAGCUGCUCCUCAAGUGGGAGCAGCAGCGGCAGCUCAUCCGACAGCAGCAGCUCGAGUAGUCUUUCUACCGCCUGUGAUGUCAGUGACACUGAAUCAGUGCUGCAAAAGAGGAAGCGGAAAUCUAAAGACCAUUGCCAAAAGGUUAACAAAAAGGUGAGACACGCUGCUGGUAAACAGAUGUUGGGAGGAGCAGAUUUGACGAAAGCAUCCGUCAAGACUUGUCAGCUUCUUGUUAAUGGGCAGUCUGUAAAGGAAGCAGACAGGGAAGGACACCCAGCACAGCACGAUGCAGCGCUAACCUGUGAUGACUUCACUUUAUCGCCUCCAGAUUUGUCUGCACUUUUAUCCCCCAUGGGAUCUCCCAUAGAUCCACUGGACUGGGCUGCUGCAAGAUUUGAGCAGGGUCCAGUGCUGUCCCCUCUUAGAGACAGCCCUCUGCAAUCCAAAGAUGAAAUAAGACCCAAUUUCAGAUACACUGCAGAUCUUCCUGACAACCAGUUGAUUAAUGUGCCUAACACUGAUGCUGCGAGUAAAUCUGCUGAGGGAGAAAAACCCCAAAUUCCCAAAAAGGAUAUUGUGGUGAAAAACACUGAGCCUUGGGUGAGAUUGGGAAGACAGAGAGAGACGGUGAUGCCACCUCCAAUCAAGUCCUCAAAAGAGAGCUUCCAGAUUUUUCGUGAAAAAGCACUGAAAAAGAAAUUGUUGGAUGAAAGCAAAGAGAUCGAGGUUCCUGAAAAGACCAGCCUACAAGUCCCAUGUAAAUCAGAACAAAACCCACAGCCUGUUAAGGACGUUUCGGGUUUGCCUGGAAGUAUUUGCACAGAAGGUCCCUUGGAUGCUCCCAAACAUGUUGAACAGCAAAAGUCUAAAGAAACGCAACCUCUAACCACACAGUCGUCUUUAGAUAAAGAAAGAGAGCUGGCCCGCAAAAGAGCGCAGGAACGUCGCAAGCGAGAAGCAAUGUCUGGUAUCGACCUAACCUUGCAACGGGAUGUCAUGACUACAUUUGAGCUUGAACUUUGA